AUGGCCGACUCGAGUUCAAAUGAGAAUACUUGCGUAGUGUGUUUCAAGAACGUUUUGUACUAUUCGAUUGGCGAAUGUGACCAUCCCGUAUGUUUCGAGUGUUCUACCCGAAUGCGGGUCCUUUGCCUGCAAAAUGAGUGUCCUAUCUGCCGGCAGGACCUUUCAAGGGUUGUAUUUACGGAUACCAUCCAACCCUAUAAAGAGCUCCGCAACAGGGCGUUCUCUGACCGCCUCUUCGAGAGGCAGUAUAAGAUUGGGUUCUGUAAUGAGGAUAUAAAACAGGCUUAUGAGCGGUUGCUUGAAAACCGCUGCAAGAUCUGUGACAAGAUACCACCAUUUCGUACUUUUAGUAUGCUGAGUGAUCAUAUGAGGAAAAUCCAUGAGAGAUACUUUUGUGAUCUCUGUGUUAAGCAUUUAAAGAUAUUUACUAUGGAGAGAAAGUGCUAUACUCGUCAGGAGUUGGCCCAUCAUCGGCGGAGAGGUGAUGUGGAUGAUACGUCGCACAGGGGCCACCCUCUCUGUGAGUUCUGCGAGGAACGGUUCAUGGAUGCCGAUGAAUUAUACCGGCAUUUGCGUAAGGAACAUCUGUACUGUCAUUUAUGCGACGCUGAUGGACGUAAUCUGUACUAUGCGUCCCAUUCGGCGCUUGCGCAUCACUUCAGGACCGAUCAUUAUCUUUGUGAGGAGGGGGAGUGCGCCGGACAACACUUGACUGCCGUCUUUAGAAGCGAAAUUGAUCUGAAAGCGCACAAGGCGACGGUGCACGGGCGAGGCAUGCCGCGCGGCGCGGCCCGCCAGGCGCGCACUCUAGAGCUACAGUUCAACAUCACGCCGCACCCCGUCGUGCAGAGGACGCCCAGGGAUAGAGACAGAGAGAACAGAGAUCGGAGAGAGCAAGAGCCCGUACUAGCCCCGCCGCCACCGACGCUGACUCAGGCGAACAUCGACACUGGGAGCGUGGAGCAGUUCCCGCGACUGUCCGCCGCUCCCCCGGCGCCUGGACUUGUCCUUUCCGCACCCACACGCGCUUAUAAAAGUGUGGAUGGUCUGCUGCGUAAUGAUAAGAAUUUCCCAGCGCUGGACGGAGCGGGGCCCUCGCGAGCUCCGAAGCCCGUCGCCACGACACCUACUACUGUGGCUGCCACCAUCGUUAGAAACUGUAAGCCCAGCGUAUCAAUUCAGUUGCACAGCCAGCCGGCCAGCGCCAGCAACUUCCGACUGACGCAGACUAGUGGACAUCGCAUAUCUGUGCCGCCGCAACAGAAGAAGCCGCCGGCCAUGAUGAACGAUGACGACUUCCCCUCGCUCGGCCUCGCCAGAGACGACCAUCCCAGCCUCGGCGCCGCCACCGUACAGGCGCCUAAAGUUGCUAUUAUCAACAGCCAAGAGAUGCAAGCACUAAAACAUAACCACGUCCACUCACACCCAAAGAAAGCCCAGCUUAGCUCGGAAGCGUUCCCCGCUCUCUCGUCCACCGCGGCGCCCGUGGCCCCGCCGCAGUGGAUCACGGUGUCCAAGUCCAAAGACAAACAGAAGCCGAGCAAGCCCGAGCCGCCGCCGCAGCCGCGCGAGCCUAGCUUCAACGCCGUCGCGGACUUCCCCACACUACCCGUCAAUGUAUCCAAGGCGAAGAAGAAGCAACAACCGCUUCAACAACCGCCGCAACAACCGCCGCCACCUCAAAACACAAAUGAUAACACUAAACUUAGCAAAAAGGAAAAAAAGAAACAAAAUAGUAAAAAGGAAAAUUUAUUGGACGCUUAUAAUGUCAACGGAACCAACGAUAAGAAGCUGCUGAGGGAGUCGUACGCUUCCGUCAAUGCUAACAACAAUAUACAGUCUGUAGAAGAUAAAAAGGUUAAGACCGUGGACACUGUACCCAGCGGUACAGUCAAUCCGGAGCGGAAUAGAAACGGAGGCAAUGGAGAUUUUAGUUUAGCUGACAAGGACUACCCGCCGCUUAGCUCUCGCAGCGAGAACUGUAUUCCGAACAAGAAGAUGAUGAACGGGAGCGUCCCGCCAGGUUUUAAGCCGCGCCCGCCUUGCGACGGCAUGACGUUCACCAACUCGGCCGGCCAGACCUUCAGCGCCCCGCUACACACGUACAUCCCGCCGCCCAACUUCGAGCACAGGAACCGCGCGCUCGUGAAGAAGUUCUCGGUGGCGCUCGGCGGAGACGCGGCCGUCGAGGACUUCAAGGUGGCCUCGCGCGCCUUCCGCGACAGCUCCAUCAGCGCCGAGCAGUUCCACGAGCACUGCCGCGCGGCGCUGGGCGCGCAGUGGGAGCACGUGCUGCCGGAGCUGGUGGCGCUGCUGCCCGACAUCGCCAAGCAGCAGGAGCUGGUGGUGUCGCGCGCGCACGGGCUGGCCGUGUGCGCAGUCUGCGGCCAGCUGCUGCAGCCGGCGGACGCGGCGCCGCACCACGCGCACCACUGGCCCGCGCUCUCCGCGCCUCGCUAGCGCGCCGCGCCCGCUCGUGUCUAACUGUUCGCUACUAGUGAUUCGUUUCAGUAAUGUCUUACAUUACCCGGACGACAGACAUCGACAGAGAUAUAAAGACUAUACCUCGAAGUUCAAUGUUAAAAUUGGGAUUUUUUUGUACAUACCUAUCUAGUUAUUUCAUAGACGAUUGUUCCACGCGACGUAGUAGGUCAUUGUAACCGUACUCAGUACAGUAUCGUAUCGCUAGCCUGAAUAUUCCUUUGACUGUGUAGUAUUAUGUGAUCAUAUAAAUCUACAGUAGCGCAAUUAAACACGCCGACAUGUGAUUUGUAAAAUGUAAAUGUUAUGAUGUAAAAUAUUAUUUCAAAGUUUAUUAUAUUUUUGUACGUUAAAUAGAACCGUAUCUUGAGUUUUGUGUAAAAUAUUUUUGUUGAUUAUUGUUAGUGUUUCAUUGCGACCCCUGUGCUAAAUUAUACUUCAAAAUAUCAGUGCAAAGUUAAACAUUUGUGUAUGUAAUACAUUUCUUUGCAUUGUACAGAUACAAUGCUAAAAUUUUAUAUUGACGUAUGUACAUACCCUUAUAUACAUAUAAUUAUAUAUUGAAGUGCAAACUUUGUUUGAUAAAACCAUUGCUCUCUUCCUUCCAGUAACAAUAAUAUCUUAACUAAAGAGAUAAAGUAUGUUAUGACUCAGUUAUAAACGAUCUCAACUUACAAGUUACAGUUAACGUUAAAAUAACGAAUUUAUACUAGUGAAUGAUGUCUGUUAUAUAAUAAACAGAAUUACAAA